CUUCCGCUUCUCACGGCCGGAAGUGACGUACCGGAAGUGUCAUGAAGCGCUGGGUGGGACCGCUGCGCGCCGCCGCCGCCGCCUCGGGGCCCUGCUCGGAGUCGGGCGGGUUCCGCACCCGCUUCGAUUUUGGCAGCCGCGAUGCGGCCUCCUGGUUCCCCGGGCACAUGGCCAAAGGGCUGCGGCAGAUGCGGGCCUCCCUGCGGCGUGCCGACUGCCUCGUCGAGGUGCACGACGCUCGUAUCCCACUGUCAGGCCGUAACCCUGUGCUGCAGGAGGUGCUGGGCAUCCGCCCGCAUCUUCUGGUGCUGAACAAGAUGGACCUGGCUGACCCACGCCAGCAGUCAAGAGUCCUGGAGCAACUGAGGCAGCAGGGAUGCUCGCAUGUUGUCUUCACUGAUUGUCAGCGGGACAGCAAUGUCAAGAAGAUUGUGCCCCUGGUUGCCAAGCUAGUCAGCAGCAGCCCACGCUACCACCGGGCUGAGGUGAGGAGGGGCAGGGAGGCUGCAGCCUGGGUAUGUCCUUUGGUGGAGCACAGCACCUGCAUGUGUCCUUGCUUUCAGAGUACUGAGUACAGCAUCAUGGUGAUUGGUGUGCCCAAUGUAGGCAAGUCAUCGCUUAUCAACUCUUUGCGGAGGUUGCACCUCAAAAAGGGAAAAGCCACAGCAGUGGGUGGUGAGCCAGGUAUCACCAGGGCGGUGCUGACCCGGAUCCAGGUGUGCGAGACUCCCCUGGUGUACCUGGUGGACACGCCAGGUGUGCUGCCUCCAAAGUUGGCCGAUGUGGAGACGGGGAUGAAGCUGGCAUUGUGUGGAGCCAUCCAUGACCACUUGGUGGGUGAGGACAUCAUGGCUGACUACCUGCUGUACAUACUGAACCAGCAGCAGCAGUUUGGAUACAUGGAGCGCUAUGGACUGCCCGAGGCCAGUGACAACAUUAGGCAUGUGCUGAAGUACGUGGCAGUCACCCUGGGUAAGACGCAGAAGGUGAAGGUGCUGACAGGCACAGGGAAUGUCAACAUGAUGAUGCUCAACUACUCAGCUGCUGCCUAUGAGUUCCUGCGGGCCUUCCGUGCUGGGCGCCUGGGUAGACUGACGUUGGACUGAGGGUCCUGGAAUAGAGCAGGGCUUUCCACAUCUCCCCCAGCUCCAGGUGGUGGCAUGGUGUGAUUAAAGCUGCUUUGUUCCUA